CAAACAGAAAAACAACAUCAAGCGAUGUGCAGAAACGUGCAAAAUAUGCUGAGUGCAACCAAAAUUGGCGACUGCCACUAACUGAAAUACAAAUCUCAGCGUAAAUCAAACGGAAAUCAGAGCAACUAACAAAAUUUGUUGCAAAGUGGAGUACUUUACCAAUCCCGAGGGCAUGACAACGGCGUGGUCACUACUCCAAUUAAAAGCGUAAUCAUCAAAAGGGUCUCUUAGACGCCCCCCAUUGGAUGUAUAUAUAUGUGUCAUAAUUUAUGCAGAUAAAAGGUGACGCAACGUGGCCGCGACUCGAUUGCGGUUCGAUAUAGGGCUAGAGUACGAAGCACAGUUAUUCGUGCGAGAGCAGCGGACUAACAUAGAUCGACGGAACGGAGUACGAACGGACAAACAGAAGCGAGCGCAUCGUACAGAUCAUUAACAAAGCAACAUGGCCCGGUUAUCUGGCUGAACCGUUAGCCAACUUUGAGCCUCGCAAAGUCAGUGAGCGACCCAGCUGUAAGCCGCGAGCUAAUUGAGAAAUCGACACCAGCGGGAAACAUCCGAGAGCUGUGUUCAGAAUGCGACGUCCGAAAAUUUCGCUGAAAAAAUAUUUCUACUUUACGCUGAUCUGUGCGCUGCUUCUAAUCUUCGGGUUCAAUCUCAGAGAGAAAGAGAUAUGGAAGUCGGGAAUCACGCGACCCGCUCUAGCCCCCGCAGCGUCGCCGCUGCACCAGCAGCGACGUGAGAUUAAUACAAAUCAGGUGAAGACUUCGUCAUUGGUGGAUGCCACAGUGAUAUAUGCUUCAGCGCCGCCAGCUUCGCCUGAGUCCCUGCCCGACCCAGCUGAGUCACAGCCGCAGCAGCUGGAGGCGGAGGGCGAGGAGGCAGAGGCAGAGGCGGAGUCCGAUACUGCAGCCGAUAAGCGCGCUGAGCCAGCGCCCACAGCCAAGCCCUGGUUCUUUCGCAACGGAGAAUACUACCCGAGGCCAGCGAAGACCUUCAGCAAUCGCAAGGCCCGCAAGCAGCAUGCCCCGAAACUAUUCCCACACCAGGAUCCGCACAACGACCGCGUCAUCAAUCAGCUGAUGUAUGUGCCGCACAACUACGAUCAGAUCAAGGCGAGCGGCAAGCUGAAAACCAUUCUCCUCUACAACGGACUGGGUCCGUGGAAUGUGAAGAAGGGGCGCGAGGUUUUCCUGCGCUCCAAGUGCCCCGUGGACACCUGCGAGCUGACUGCCAAUCGGGAUCUGGCCAGCGUGGCAGACAUGAUACUAUAUAAGGAUAACUACAUUCCAACGGGCAUACGUCGGCCCAGCAAUCGCAAGCAGGUGACCAUGAUGUACUACCUGGAAUGUCCCUACCACACACAGAACGUCAAGGUGCCAGACGCCAUCAACUGGACGGCCACAUACAGACGCGACAGCACUGUGAUGGCGCCCUAUGAGAAGUGGCAAUACUAUGAUACGAAGCUGCAGCAGCAGGAGCAGGAUCACAACUAUGCACUGAACAAAACGAAAAAGGUUGCCUGGUUCGUCUCCAAUUGUGGAGCACGCAACGGCCGAUUGCAGUACGCACACGAGCUCCAAAAGCACAUUGAGGUGGAUAUCUAUGGUGGCUGUGGCAAUUUUAAAUGCCCUCGGAGCACCGCUGACAAGUGCUUCGACAUACUGGACAACGAUUACAAGUUCUACUUGGCAUUCGAGAACUCCAACUGCAAGGACUACAUCACAGAGAAGUUCUUUGUGAAUGCACUGAAUCGCAAGGUGUUGCCGAUUGUGAUGGGCGCCCGGCCCGAGGAUUACGAGGUGAGUGCUCCGCGUCGCUCCUAUAUACAUGUGGACGAGUUUGCCUCGCCCCGAGAGCUGGCCGAGUACCUGCACAUACUCGACAAGGACGACGAGCUCUAUAACUCGUACUUCAAGUGGAAGGGCACCGGCGAGUUCAUCAAUACGUACUUCUGGUGCCGCGUCUGCUCCACGCUCCACAACGAGGAACAGUUGCGUAAGUCCACCUGGUACACGGACAUUAACGAAUGGUGGCGGGGUCCUGGGGUCUGCACCUCGGGCUCGUGGCGCAACUUCAAGGCGCGCAUGGACGUGAUUAGCGAUGAUUGA